AACGCUAGCUGUCUAAUGGGGGAUUACAACUUCGGAAUUUCAUCAACUGUAACUGCACUCUCUCCGGUAGACUAUAAACAAAAUCCGAGCAAAUCUUUUUUCGGCAGCGAUUCUGUGUCUCAUACCAUGCAAGAUGAAUUGCUCAUGGACAAGACAAGCUCCUCCGCUGGAGGUAAACAAACCGAGUCUCAACAACAAACAACUUCAAACGGAGACACUAUGGUUAGCAACGGUGAUGGCAACUUAGAAGAUUUCUCUGGCUCGAAAGUUAAGUGCGAAGAUUCCGAACUAGCUGUUAACAAUCAAAUUGAGAAACAUACAAUAGAUGGCUCCUCAACAUCAGGAACAUCAACUUCUGCGCUGCAGUUGGAGUUCACAGAUGCUUCAAUCACAACCUCAGCUCCUAGCUUUUGGUCUGGUGUCACAGAAGAUGCUUUUAAUUCCGGUGUAUCUCCUUUAAAAAACACGCUAUCUUUUCAAAACUUUCCAAAUGCUUCAAAUCCUGUUUUCAAUACAAGUCUGGGACCUCAGAUAAAUAUACCUCAGUCUUUACCCCCUCAAAGAAGGGCUAUUACCGGUGCUCAUAAUUUUAAUCAAAGCAGGCAUCAACCUCAACAAUCAAAUGUUUUGAAAACAUUCUCCAAUUGGAGCAGUCCUCAGAGCACAUCAUGGUCGGCUCCUCAAACACCCAAUGGGCUAUUACCAUGGAAUGCUGUAAAUAUGAGCAACCAGAAGAGAACGGUGCAAAACAUCAAUCCUGUUUGUACUCAGAAAAAAACACCUCCUGCUAUUGGGCAGCAUUCAGUGGUUAUAUCACCGUCCAAGUUUAGAAGAAGUACUUCAUUACCCCUUGGUAAACAAUUCCCUCAUUCCUUUAGUGGAAAUCCAGGAUUUGAUAUGUCUACCCUUGAUGAAAAUCGAGAUGGAAAUAUGAUUUUCCCAUUCCAGGAUCAUCAGAUUACUGGCAAUAUAAAUUCAAGUGCAAUAGAUGCCUUGAGGUUUCCAUUAGAACAGCAACUUUUAGACAUCAUGAGAACUUCUAAUACUGAUAACCAAGAUCACUUUAAAGGAUAUAUGAACUACAGUGCAAAUAAUCUUCAAAGUAUGGGAAAUGUGCAAGGUUCUUCUGUGGAUUUCGCUUCUCAGAAAUUCAAUGGCACCAAGAAAUUUCCAAGAGCUAGGAGUUACGGAAGACGAAGAGGAAGAUCUCCCUUUUUUACUGGAAUUGAAGACAAUCACUUGUUAGAUGAUGUGCAGCUAGAUCAAAUUGUAACUUCCUUCAGUUCUCUCCAUAUGUCUCCAAAUGCUCCAAGAAAUUUGGAAUCAGGAGAACGCUACUCUCGCAAAGUUUUUGUUGGUGGCUUACCACCUGAUAUUGAUGAAGAGGAAAUCACUGCAAGUUUUCGACGUUUUGGACCUUUAGUGGUAGAUUGGCCUCAUAAAGCGGAAAGCAAAUCAUAUUUCCCUCCUAAAGGUUAUGCUUUUCUUCUUUUUCAAGAUGAAUCAUCUGUUCAAGCUCUAAUUGAUGCCUGCAUACAAGAAGAUGAAAAGUUAUAUUUAUGUGUUUCUAGCCCUACAAUUAAAGACAAGCCGGUUCAGAUACGUCCAUGGCGUUUGAGUGAUGCCGAUUUUGUGUUAGAUGCAUCAAUGCCUCUUGAUCCAAGAAAAACUGUAUUUGUUGGGGGAGUUCCAAGGCCUCUGAAAGCAGUUGAGUUAGCCAUGAUCAUGGAUCGUCUUUAUGGUGGUGUAUGUUAUGCAGGAAUUGACACUGAUCCAGAACUGAAAUAUCCAAAAGGUGCUGGACGUGUUGCAUUUUCAAAUCAACAGAGCUACAUUGCAGCAAUUAGUGCUCGAUUUGUUCAACUGCAGCAUGGAGAUAUUGAAAAGCGGGUUGAAGUCAAGCCAUAUGUUUUAGAUGAUCAAAUGUGUGAUGAAUGUCAAGGCUCUCGGUGUGGUGGAAAAUUUGCCCCCUUUUUCUGUGCUAAUGUUACAUGUUUGCAGUACUAUUGUGAACAUUGUUGGGCUACUAUUCAUUCUCGACCUGGCCGAGAAUUUCACAAGCCACUUGUAAAAGAAGGGGCAGAUCGACCUCGAGCUGUACCAUUUCGCUGGUGUUGA